AUGGCGUCGAAUCGGAAAUCACAAAAUAGAUUGACGACCAAUCCCGGUGAAAGUGAAAGUGAUGAAAAACGACAUGCACAUGGAGCCAUUGCUCGAAUAAAAUUAGAAAAUUUCAUGACUUAUAAAGAAGUUGAAUUAUUUCCUGGUCCACGUUUGAAUGUUAUUAUUGGUCCGAAUGGUAGUGGUAAAUCGUCGAUCGUUUGUGCCAUUUGUCUUGGUCUAGCUGGUUCAACAAAAAUAAUUGGCCGUGCUCAUAAUGUUUGUGAAUAUAUUAAAACUGGUUGUGAAAAAGCAAUUAUCGAAAUUGAAUUGUUUAAUCAAGAAGAUGGAUGCAAUUGGAUUAUUAAUCGUACAAUUAAUACAAAUAACUCGAGUAUAUGGACAUUGAAUGGCAAAAAAUCAACUGAAGGAGAUAUCAAAAAUCAAGUUCGUAAACUGCAUAUUCAAGUUGAUAACUUAUGUCAGUUUUUACCACAAGAGAAGGUGGCUGAUUUUACACGAAUGAGCAAAGAUGAUAUGCUUGAAAAUACAGAAAAAUGUGUAGGAGGUGAAACGUUAUUUCAAUUGCAUAAAUCAUUGAAAGAUCUUGGUGAAAAAGCUCGAAAUUAUGAACAAGAAUUAAAUGAAUUGGAAAGUGAAAUAAGUACAUCAAAACAAGCUAUUAAACAUAUGGAACCCGAUAUGCAAUCAUUUCAAGGACGAAAAGAAUUGGAAACAAAAAUUAUGCAUUAUACCCAAUAUAAAGGAUAUCUUGAAUAUGAAGAAAAAGCACUGGAACAUCAAAGAGUGGCUCAAGCAUGGGAAGAAAUGAAAAAACGAAUAAAUGAAGUCAAACAACGUUUAAAACCAGUAACGGAUAUAAUGAAUGAUCGAAAAAAAGAUAUGGAAAAAAGUCAGACAUUAUUUAGAACAAAGCUUAAACAAACGCUCGAGUUAAAAACUCGUUUAACAAAUGCCAUUAAUGCAUUCACUGAAGAUAAAGAUGAUUUGAUUGAAAAAAUUCGGGAAGAUUUACGUCAUAAAAGAGAGGAAGAAAGACGACGAAUCGAACAAUGUGAAGAUAUAACUAAUCAGAUAUCAGUAUUAACUGAACAACUGGAAAUAACCGAUCAAAAUGCUAAUGAUCAUAAUGAUUUAGAAGUAGAGUGGAAUGAAUUAGAAAAAAAUCGUAAACAAUUAGAUCAACAAAAUCAUAGUUUACAAGUAAAAGGUCAACGAAUUACUGACGAUUUAAGAAAAUUACAAUUACAACUUACAAGUAAACAACGUGAAUUGGAGCAAAUAAAUAACGUUCAAAAUAUUCGACUACAAAAAUUACAAUCAUUUAAUCCAGAUGCUUUUAAAGCCGUUCAAUGGUACAGAAAAAAUAAACAUCUAUUUAAAAAAGUUGUUUACGAGCCAAUGAUCUUAUCACUUAAUAUCGAAGACCAAAAUAUGACAAAAUAUGUUGAAUUUAUCAUACCAAAACGUGAUUUAACAGCAAUGUUCAUCUUUGAGGAUACAGAUGAUAUGGAAUUAUUUAUUAGUGAAUGUCAUACAAAACAACAUUUGGUUGUUCACGCAUCAGCCAUACCACGAAUGACAUUACAAGCCUAUAAAAAUGAGGCAAAACCAAUUUCAACAUAUCAGUAUGUCAAAUUACAUUAUGGUAUGAGAAAGUAUGUUCUUGAUGUCAUUGAUGGUCCUGAUCCAGUUCUACGUUAUUUAUGUCAAACAACGAAAAUUCAUAUGAUUCCAAUCGCAGAUGAUUCUGCUUUAAAAACCAUUGAUACAUUAAUCAAUGAUCAAACAUUGAAUAUUCGACGCUUUUUUUAUACAAUAUCUACAUCAUUCUAUUCAAGACAAACAUCCACAACAAAUGUUCAAGUUCAAAAUGCAAGAUUUUUGACCGAUUCAAUAAAUCAACAACGAAAACAACAAUUAGAGAACGAUUAUCAAAAUUUGAAACAAGACCAUGCAAAAUUGACAACUGAUUAUCGUGCAAGUCAAGAUGAAAUACUUGAAUUAGCUAAAGAACUAGAUGGUAUCAAACAACAAAAAGUAUGUUCAGUAUUACAAUCAUCUGAAGCGAGUUCUGCCAGUACAAUCUGUAUUGAGCUCGAUAAAAAGGAGAAUACAUAA